GACGUCGACGCUUUAAAUCGCACACGCGACGUCAAUGUUAUCUAACCGUGCGCGAUGUUGUUUCGCCGAUUUUUCCUGAUGAAUUACCAAAUCCUGCUCUAAAACCAAUUCCGGAAAAUCGAUUCGCGAAUCCCAUUUGAUGGUUUUAACAUUUUUAAAACGAACUUCAAGUUGUAAAUUCGUGAAGUGAUUAACAGUGGCGACUAAUUACCAGACAAAUUUCGCACAUAUUCUCUAAGUUUUCUAGAACCAACAGUUUUAGACGCGGUACAUAAUCCUUGUAAAAAAUACGUAUUAUAUAAAACUGAAAUUUUGAAUUGGUGCCAGAGGUUUUUCUCGUGGCUAAUUCUCCUGGUGAGUCAGUGAUCGAUGGAUUCGGGGCUCGUUUUCGGUCUGUGGAUGUGAUUUAUGUGAUGAAGAUUUUGUGAAGGUUAUUUUGAGAUUUGAUUUCUUUUGGUGAAGAUGUGCAACUGUUGUUGUGCGAGUGUCAGGCCAGUUACUAUUCCCAUCAAUUUGAAAAACCAAUCUGAUACCUAUAACUGGAAAGGACCAGAUCUUAUACGUGUCUCUAGAUUCUUCAAAGAGGCAAAGGAAGGAAAAUUCGUCAGCUACCUUUAUCCUGAUACGAGGACAAUAUACGAAUCUUUCAGAAGGGGAGCAAAAGAAUCAAAUAAUGGACCUUGUUUGGGUUGGAGGGAAUCCUACUCAAAGCCAUACCAAUGGCUGAACUACAACGAGGCGCUGCUUAGAGCGAGAAAUUUGGGCGCCGGCCUGAUAUCUCAAGGUUACCAGCCAGGCACCAACACAAUAAUCGGCAUCUACUCGCAGAACUGUCCAGAAUGGAUCUUAACCGAGCAGGCUGUUUAUUGUUACAGCAUGGUCCUGGUGCCACUUUACGACACCCUCGGUCCAGACGCAUGUGCCUUCAUUAUCAAACAAGCUGAAAUAAACGUGGUGUUCGUCGAAGACGAUCAGAAAUGCAACCUGUUGAUGGAACGUUCGCCCAGAUGUUUGAGGAAGAUGAUCACUUACAAAGACAUCAGACCUGCAACAAAACAAAGGGCUAAAAACUUGGGUAUUGAGAUCGUCAAGAUGUCGGAUAUCGAACACUUGGGCGCCAAGUCCAAUCAUAACGAAGUUCCUCCAAGACCUUCGGAUUUGUGUACGAUUUGUUACACAAGCGGAACGACCGGUAAUCCGAAAGGUGUGAUGCUUACCCACGAGAACGUGAUCGCCUCUGUGAGUGCGGUUAUUCUCCAAAUGGGCGACCACAAGCUCCGCAGCACUGACACCAUGAUCUCCUUCCUCCCGCUUGCCCACAUGCUCGAACGCUGUUGUGAGAACGCGAUGUUUAUGAUGGGCGCAGCUGUCGGUUAUUACCUUGGAGACAUCAGAAGACUUUCGGAUGAUAUGAAGGCUUUAAAACCUACAGUUUGCCCCGCUGUUCCGAGACUAUUAAACAGAAUACACGAUAAAGUGCAAGCGGAAAUCAGCCAGAGUUGCAUUAAGAAAAUGCUGUUUAAUAUGGCCGUUACCGCCAAAGAAAACGAACUUAAGCGUGGCAUAAUAAGAAGUAACAGUUUCUGGGACAUGUUAGUGUUCAAAAAAGUUCAGGAAGGAAUGGGUGGAAGACUAAGACUGAUGUUGGUUGGUUCCGCGCCUCUAGCAGAAAACGUCCUUACCUUCAUCAGAUGCGCCUUAGGAUGUCUGGUGGUGGAAGGAUACGGACAAACAGAAUGUUGCGCCCCAAUCACUCUGACAAUCCAAGGCGAUCACGUGCCAGGUCAUGUUGGUCCUCCAGUAGCUUGCUGCUGUGUUAAACUUGUAGACGUGCCCGAAAUGGAAUACUGGGCUAAGAAUAACCAAGGCGAAGUAUGUGUUAAAGGAACCAAUGUAUUCCAAGGCUACUACAAGGAUCUCGCCAAAACUGAAGAGACUAUUGAUGAACAAGGUUGGCAUCACACCGGAGAUGUUGGAAUGUGGCUGCCAAACGGUACAUUGAAAAUUAUCGACAGAAGGAAACACAUCUUUAAACUGUCACAGGGCGAGUAUAUCGUACCGGAAAAGAUCGAAAAUAUUUACAUCCGUUCCCAAUACGUUAGUCAAGUUUUCGUACACGGCGAAUCACUGAAGUCGUGUAUCAUUGCAAUCGUAGUUCCUGACGUAGAUGUGAUCAAAUGUUGGGCGUCUGAGAAUGGAAUAAGUGGUACUUUCAGCGUUCUUUGCAAUCAUCCUGAAGUUAAACAAUUAAUUCUUGACGAUAUGAUUACUAAGGGUAAAGAUGCUGGUUUGAAAUCAUUCGAACAGGUGAAGGACAUUUACUUGCAUCCAGAUCCAUUCAGUGUUCAGAAUGGUUUGUUGACGCCCACUUUGAAGUCGAAACGUCCAGAAAUUAAGUCCUACUUCAAACCCCAAUUGGAAGACAUGUACAGCAAACUUACAUAGUACUGUUGCUGUAUCGCGUGCUUUUCUUAGGGAUUGACAGUUUUUAGAUUUUUAAUCACCAAAGUUUCCGCAAAUUUAGAUCGUAAAGACUUUUACAAUUAGCAAUAUUCGAGCAGCAUAUCUUGGGAUUUUGUUUUUUAUGUAUUAUUUUGUUUUUACCAAGACGAUUUUUAGUGCCAAAGUAGUAUCGGCAACUCUAUUGGUUUAUACACUGUAGUCGACAUAGAUCUGGUUUCAUUUUAAUCGCUUGGAAAACACGAGUUCGACAUUUUUAACGAAUAUAUUUUGAAAAGCAAUAAAUUGGAAUGUCGUAAUCAGUGUUUUUGGCUCUGGUAACGUUCCUUAGGAAUUAAGGACUUUCUCGCUGAUAAAUCAUCGAGAUAUUUUCAUUAAAAUGAACGAAAUUUUCAUUGAAAAUAUCUGUGACGCCUUUAUAGACAAAUAUAUCAAGAGUUUCGGUAAUUGUUACGGAUUUCAGAUUUUAUAACACGUUAAUACGUUUUUAAACACUAGACAUGUAAGAAUAUUUUGAACUCUUGAACACUUAAAAUAGCGUUAUUCUUAUUAUUCGAUUUCAAAUGAAUUUCAUUUGCGAGCAUCAUUUUUAUGGUAGUCAUACAUUUAUUCUUGCCCUGUUUAGUGAUAGUAACACCUUAAAUUAAGUUAGUUAAACCAAUUGUUACUCGUUUAGUUUAUUUACUGUAUUGGAACAUGUAUUUAUGUAAUUUAAGUUAUGUUGUUUAAGUCGUACUUAAAUAAAUAUAUUUGCAGAUA